AUGACCGACGUGACAGGACCGCCGCUCGGGCAGACCGACUUGCAUCGGUGGCGACUGCGUGUCUCGGAUGUGGGGCGGCACGUCUGGCACUAUCUGGAGACGGACGCGGAGGUAGAGGCAUGGCCUCAGACGCCGAUGGACAGGUACUGGCUUGGGCUGCCGGUGGGCGCCGAGACGUAUCCUGAGGCGGCCGCGACACCGCUGGAAGCGGCGCGGCGUGGACUGGCGUUCUAUCGCCACCUGCAGGCAGACGACGGGCACUUUCCCGGCGAGUAUGGUGGCCCGAUGUUCCUGCUUCCUGGCCUGAUCAUCGGUAUGUACGUGACGCAGACGCCGAUCCCAGCUGCGUGGCGCGUGGAAAUCGCUCGGUACCUGUGGCACCGACGGCACCCGGACGAUGGCGGUUGGGGCAUCCACAUCGAAGGACACUCGACCGUGUUUGGCACGGCGCUCAACUACGUCGUGCUGCGCAUCGUCGGCGUGCCGCCUGACCACCCGAUGAUGGUGCAGGCGCGCACGACGCUGUGGCGCUUGGGCGGCGCGACGGGCCUGCCGAGCUGGGGCAAGUUGUGGCUGGCGUUGCUGAACGUGUACGACUGGGAGGGUGUGCAUCCGAUCCCGCCUGAGCUGUGGCUUCUACCUGACGCUGUGCCGAUUCAUCCGUGGCGCUGGUGGGUCCACACCCGCAUGGUGUACCUGCCUAUGGGCUACCUGUACGGCCAGCGCUUCCGUGCGGAAGAAACGGAGCUGGUCAAGGCGCUGCGGGCGGAGCUGUACCCGACGCCGUACGAUGAGAUCCACUGGCCCGCACAGCGGAAUCACGUCGCGGCGGCCGAUCUGUACGCGCCGCACACCCGCGUGCUGGAUGCCCUGUUCUGUGUGCUGGGGCAGUAUGAGCGUGUGCACAUUGGAGCGCUUCGUGAGGCUGGCAUGCGGCGUGCGUACGAGCUGAUUGUGAAAGAGGACAUCAACACGAGCUACCAGUGCCUGGGGCCUGUGAACAAGAUGCUCAACUACAUCGUGCGGUGGAUCGUGGACGGGCCGGCGAGCGAGGCGAUGGCGCGGCACCGUGAGAAGCUGCGUGACUUUGUGUGGAUGAGCGCUGACGGCCUCAUGAUGACGGGCACGAAUGGCAGCCAGCUGUGGGACACGUCGUUCAUUGCCCAGGCGAUGUGUGAUGCGGGCCUGGCGCGGGACCACCGCGAUAUGUGCCAGUCGAUCUUGGCGUGGCUGGAUGCGACGCAGAUCCGUGAGAAUCCGACGUUUUAUCGCUCGGCGUACCGCUUUGCCACCAAGGGCGCCUGGCCGUUUAGUACGCGCGAGCAGGGCUACACGGUGAGCGACUGCACGGCCGAGGGCCUGAAGGGCGUCUUGAUGCUGCAGGAGGCGAGUGGGGCCGACCUGGGCCGGCCGGUGUCGCAGCAGCGGCUGCGCGAUGCGGUCGACUUGCUGCUGUCGAUGCAGAAUCCGGGCGGUGGAUAUGCGUCGUACGAGACGAUCAAUGGGCCGAGCGUGCUGGAGUGGCUGAAUCCUGCCGAGGUGUUUGGCAACAUUAUGGUCGAGCACGCGUACCCGGAGUGCACGACCUCGGUCGUGUCGGGCCUGCGUAUGUUCCAGCGGUACGACAGCUACCGCUCGGCGGACAUUGAUGCGGCGGUGGAUGCGGCGGUCGGAUAUAUUUUGCGGGCGCAGCGUGCGGAUGGCUCCUGGUACGGCUCGUGGGCGAUCUGCUUUACGUAUGCGGCCAUGUUUGCGCUCGAGAGCCUGAGGCAUGCGGGGCACACGCAUGCGAACAGCGAGGCGGUGCGCCGUGCGUGUGCCUUCCUGCUUGGCCACCAGCGCGAAGAUGGUGGAUGGGGCGAGAGCUACAAGUCGUGUGAGACGCAUGCGUACGUUCAGUCGCGAUCGCAGGUCGUGCAGACGUCGUGGGCCGUGCUGGCGCUGAUGCAUGCCGACUACCCGGACGCGACGCCGAUCCGGCGCGGCAUUGCGUUGAUCAUGUCGCGACAGCAGCCGGACGGCUCCUGGGCGCAGGAGCAGAUUGAGGGCAUUUUCAACCACAAUUGUGCGAUUUCGUACCCGCACUACAAGUUUGCCUUCACGAUUUGGGCGCUGGGCAAGGCGGCAGGUAGGGUUGGGUAG